AUGGCUGCCACAUUCUCUUACGCUCAAGCCGCGAAAGGCAUCGCUUCAACGCAGCCGUCCAAAACGCCGUCCGAGUCUACCACACCCAUCCCCAGGUUGGACGAGCAGGCCACGGAACUCCAAACCGGCGUUGAUGCUGCAUCCUCGAAGACAGACGCCGCCGCUGAUGUCGACAGCAAACCCGUCAACAAUGAGAAAGAAGUGAGUGAGUCCAAGGCUGGGACUUCCGCGACUUCUGAACCUAAUGCCUCUACUGCGCAAACCGCCACGGCGCCGAAAAUGAGCGAGAAUGGCACUUCGGAGACUACCUGGGAUAAACAAUCUCAAACUUCAGGGUCUGACAAGGAGAAUAGCGCCGCCAAAGGCACUGAGACAAAGUCCUCGGAGAAGAAGAAAAAAGAAAAGCCCGCCCCUCCUAAGGAGCUCAAAGCUGCUCCCCUCCCGGCAGUCAAUGUCUGGCAACAAAGGAAGGAGGCUCAAGAGGCUAAAGUCAAGGCCAACCCGGCUGCUAACGUUGUUGCCAAAGCUUCCAAGUCAACGUCCGAGACUUCUUCUGUAUCUGAGGAUACUCAAGACCAGCCUAAGACCAGCUCCAAGAAGAAAGGCGGCGAUUUAUCGAAGAGGGGUGACGGUGUCAAGGGUCAGGAAAGCGCCCCUGUUCCUCCUGUUGCGGAUGCUGCUUCAUGGCCUACUCCCCAGGGCGCUCAAGGUGAAGAGAAGAAGAAGGCACAAGAAAAGUCUGAAAAGACUGAGAAGAGCCCAGUGAUUCGUCCCCACGGCAAGGAGAAAUGGACACCAGUUCCCUACGUCCCGACUGCGGUCUUUAACACCCCUCUACCCUCUGCCGCGCGCCGGGGUGGGAGAAGCGCACGCGGCGGUAGAGACGCCACUCGCAACGGGUCUCACGGCGCUGGAGCUGCUGAGAAAACAUCCCCUGGUCAAUCAGCCCAAGGUUCUACGGCCAAGCAAUCCGCAUCUGGAGACCGAGGCAGGAAUGAGCCUAACUCUGCACGUGCGAACUCACUACCCGCUCCGUCACGACGCUCAAAUAGCGCCGACAAUGGCAACACAGACGUCCGCAAAACACAAAUGCCUGAUCGAACUCGUGGAGGCAAGGGACUGGAUAACGCGAAUGCUGCCAGCGGUAAGCAGGUCAAUGGCGAGCCUUUCUCUAGGCAUGCCAAACCCUUCCCCAAGAACCAUGAAGGAUUCCAGAAGGGAGGCGAUUACACUAAGAACCCGAAUCUCUCGGUAGAUACUCACAACGGACCUCGCUCCGGACCCAAUGGCGAGCGUCGUUUCGAGAACGGUCCCAAGUCUGCAGACUUUUCCAACCUGCAUUCCGAUCGCAAGGAGUUCACACCCCGUGCUGAGCGAGGCAGAGGUUCACACCGUGGGCGCGGAGGUGGCCAUGCUGGAUACAAUGGUGCUCAGGCUUCCCAUUUCCCCAACAACCACAUGGGUCCGCAGGGCUACAUGCAUCCUAAGUCAUUCGGUUACAGCGACCGCCGAGGGCCCCAGCAACCUAGUCUCGCUAAUGGCUCGCGCGGUCAUGCCAUGACGAUGCGGUCUCCUUCCUUGCCCAACUCUUCCACCAUGUACAACAUGUAUUCAUCCUUCCCUGCGGACAUCAACUCCAUGUAUGGCUAUCAACCAGUGCAGCCUGGUCCCAUGUCGGCGAUGCCUUUCCAACCGUACAUGGAAUCAUUUUCUGUGAUCGGCAUGAUCACUUUGCAGCUCGACUACUACUUCUCGGUUGACAAUCUGUGCAAGGAUAUCUAUCUCCGCAAGCAUAUGGACUCUCAGGGGUUCGUUGCGUUGAAUGUCAUCGCCAACUUCAAGCGAGUCAAGCAACUGUCUGAAGACUUUGAGUUACUUCGUCAUGCCUCGCGGCAAUUGAAGGCCGCUGAAUAUCACGCUGGUGAGGAUGGCAUAGACAGGCUACGACCAAGGGAGAGGUGGGAACAGUGGGUUCUCCCUAUAGAGCAGCGCGACCCUUCAGCUCAGAAUGCCGGUCCUAUUCUCUCUGCUGGUCAAACCGAUACUACUGUUUCGCAGAGUCAACUUGACGGUGCUACAAAUGGCUUUGUCCCCAAGUCAUCGUUGCCCAAUGGCACAAUCCCCUCGAAGACAGCAUUGUCAUCCGCUGCCCCAGAGUUUUCGCCGUCUAACGGUCUCGACGCUGGAAAUGAAGUCUCGAAUUAAGGAAGCUUCCGUCGACCACGUCCCUGAGCUCAUCUAGUCAACUGGUUGAGCGAGCAUGCACAUUCCCAAUAGUCCCAGUCUGUGACUCUGUGGACUUCACACUUACAAUAUUAAGUGUCGACGAAAAUACAUGACGGCAAUUUCAUACGGUGGCCACGAUACAAAGUUUCAGUACCGAUGGUCGAAUUUUUGGUCCAAUCUCAGUGCACAAAUGUACAAUGAAUUUAAGAGUCUAGCGUUUAUGAUCCCCAGCACGAAUCAUCGGCAGCGGUUUCCUCAGAAAAUGUUCACUUUUUAUGGUGUUUUUGGGUUGGGCGACACAGUCAAUGCUUGCCAAGGUUAUUCAAUUCUCAUUAGGAGCGAACAGUGUGAUGUUAGCGCGCGAUACAGGCGCCGAGCUCUUCAUCCUACGGCCAUGUUUAUCUGGAACGCCUCCUGAACUCUCAGAGCCACCAAAGCCGCUAAAAAGUUCGACCACCUGCUGAAUGCUAGCUUGAGAAUCGGGCUGCAAAAGUGAUUUUUUUUGUUCUCUUCCAUCUACCAUUCCAUGUUCUCUUGUGGUUUUCCAUCCAUCAUGACUUGCAUUACUAUUGUCAGCUUAUGCAUUUAUUGUCCAGUGACCGAUGACAUCUAUUCUCAGCGAAGUGGGUUGAUAUAUGCACAUUCUGAUUAUCGGCUUGUUAUUUGUUUCAUUUCUAUUUCCAAUUCCCGGUUUGAAAACUCUGGAGUCCGAUUUUUUUUUUCCUGGGCCAGUAUUACCGAUCCUCGAUUCUCGCUUUGGGGAGUGGGUUGAAUUAUCUCCCACCGUCAUAGAAUGUUAAUUCGGUUUUUGUCUUUUUCGUCUUCUUCGUCUUCGCUGGUUUGCUUUUUCAAUUCACCUACUCACCUCUUUCAAGUUCUAAUUCUGCAGCAAUGCAUUCAUUUCCCUUCACCCCGGGUUUACCUAGUCACGGUUCAAAGAGGCAACAUACCAAGGGGAAAAAAAAAUGUUAUCUCACAGCAAGGCGCACAUGAACUUUC